CUUGGCGACACGAGGGAGGGUAGUAGUCGCAUCUCAUCUUAACAUUUUAGUGUAUCCCGUAUUUACCACCCUCCUAGACCCUGUGAUGGUUACGGGGUAGAAGUGAGACUCAGAACUGGUAGAAGUGCGUGUAUGCCUGGUAGCUGGAGGCGGAGAGACCGGGAGAGGAGCUGGGAGAGAGAGGAGAAGAGAACAAGAGUCAAAAUGGAUCUUUCUCCGCUCCGUGUGUUGAGAAAAUCACCUUUAUUUCUCACUGCUGUGCUCUGCCUCGCAUUAUUCUGCCCCGUGCAGGGUGAAGGUGGCGGCGGCGGUGGUGGUGGUGGUGGUGGACAAUGCAUUUGGUACGAGCACUGCGGGAAGAACGAGAAGGGCGUCCUCAGCUGCUCUUACAAUGGCGCCCCCAAGUCAUUGACGGGGCCCGGCCUGGAUGUCCUCGCUAAGACGUGUCCCGAGCUGGUGGAGGAGUUUUCGACAGAAGAUGGCCAGCUGAACACUUGUUGCGACGCUAACCAGGUCAACAUUCUCAGCAACUCCAUCAACUUGCUCAAGAUGUUCCUGAAUCGGUGCCCGGCCUGCCUGAGGAACCUUCGCAUCCCUUUCUGCUACAUGACGUGUGCUCCCAACCAGGCCGAGUUCCUCCAGCCAGUGGUAAAGGAAGCAGCCAACUUCUCCGCCAAGAGAGGAAAGGAAAUGGUGACAGAUAUCAAAUUCUACAUUUCUAAGGACUUUGUAGAUAAGCUGUACGCCUCUUGCCGCGAUGUCUUGGCUCCGUCCACCAAUAGCAGAGUGAUGGGUCUGUUCUGUGGGCACUGGGGCGCUGCACAGUGCACGGGCUCUCGCCUCUUUGACUACCUGGGAGACUUUGAGAAGAAUGAGCACACUCCCAUCAACAUUCAGUACCAGUAUCUCAAGGACACCUCGGAGAUCCCUGAAGGCGUCAUCCCACUCAACCGAACUGUCCAGCCCUGUGAUAAGGACCUUGGGGAGAGCAUGGCGUGUUCAUGUGCGGACUGCCACAGCUCCUGCCCCAUCAUCCCCGACACGUGGGACGCUCCUGGUGAACCUUGGAUCAUGUUUGGGUACGACGGUCUAGCGGUGGCGAUGGCGCUCACUGCUAUCCUCUUCUCCAUCACCUUCCUGGUCAUCUUUGCCUAUUGCCACAAGAGGAACAAGAGAUACACAGCUGUGAUGGUGGAGCGCAGCAUGAGGCACCCUGAGGAGAUCCGCACCGCCGUGGGCCGCCGCCUGGCCAACCUGUCCGUCACCCAGGCACAGUACGCUGGCGAGGACGAGAACUCACUCCUGCACGGCCGCCCCACCAUGGAGAUGCCGGAGAUAGUGAUGCACGAUGAGCUGUCCCUGUCUGAACGCAUCACCAACUGGACCCAGACUACUGUGGACCACCUCUUCACCAAGUGGGGCACCCUGUGUGCGUGUCACCCCUGGAAGGUGAUGGGCAUCGGUCUCAUCCUGGCUAUCUCGCAGUGUGUCGGGAUAUUCUUCUGGCAGAUCACCACCGAUCCUGUUGACCUUUGGGCCGCCCCCAACUCCCGCUCCCGCAUUGAGAAGAACUACUACGACGAAAACUUUGAGCCUUUCUACCGCACGGCUCAGAUCUUCAUCCGUCCGCUGGGCAUUGAGAGUUUUGAGUCGGGGAAUGACACGUAUGGCCCCGUGUACAACAAGACCUUCCUGAUGGAGGUGCUGAGACUGCAGAACUACCUGGCCAAUGAGCUGGUGGCCACAGUUGGGGAGCAGGAGGUGCGGCUGUUUGACAUCUGCAACAAGCCCAUGGCACCUGACAAUGAGAAUUGCAACAUCCAGUCCAUCCUCAACUUCUGGCAGAACAGUGAAGGGAAACUGAAGAAAUCCAGUGAAGAGCAUGCCAAGAAGUGCAUGAGCAAUGCCUUCCAGACAGAGUGCAUGGGGAGCUACGGUGGUCCUGUGCUGCCUCACGUGGCGCUGGGUGGCUUCCUGGAUGACAAUGAAACCCUCACUGACAACCCCAACUACCUCAAGGCGGACACUCUCGUCAUCACCUUCCCCAUCAACAACUACUUUAACAAGUCCCUCCUCAAACCAGCGCUGGCCUGGGAGAAAGCGUUCAACAAUUUCCUCAUCAACUACACCCACCCCAUGAUGGACAUCGCCUUCCGCUCAGAACGCUCCAUUGAGGACGAGCUGCUGAGGAUGAGCAAGUCCGACCUGCCAACUGUCAUCAUUUCCUACGUCAUCAUGUUCCUGUACAUCGCCCUGGCACUCGGACACACCAACCAGCUCACACGCCUCCUGAUCUCCACCAAGGUGACGCUGGGCCUGGGUGGCGUCCUUAUUGUGCUGGUGUCUGUGUGUGCAGCUGUUGGCUUCUAUGGCUAUGUGGGCGUCCCCUGCACCAUGCUGAUCAUUGAGGUGAUCCCGUUCCUGGUGUUGGCGGUGGGUGUGGACAACAUCUUCAUCCUGGUGGAGGCGUACGCUGACCUGGACCGCAAUGAGGAUGACACACGGCCGCAGCUGAUUGGCCGGGCGGUGGGGGCAGUGGGGCCGUCCAUGCUGCUCUCCUCCAUCUCUCAGUCCUGCUGCUUCUUCUUGGGUGCCUUGUCGGACAUGCCAGCAGUGCAAGCGUUCGCCAUGUAUGCCGGCAUGAGUCUGCUGAUCAACUUUGUGCUGCAGAUGACCCUCUUUGUCUCACUAUUUUCCCUGGACGUCAUGAGGGAAGAGGACAACCGCUUUGACGUGUGUUGCUGCAUCCGCCAGAACAAGGUGGAGAGGGACACAGAGACCAGGUUCCUGCACAAGCUGUUUGAGACGACAUAUGCACCGUUCCUGAUGAAGCCAUGGGUGCGGGCCGUGGUGAUCGUGGCCUUCAUGUUCUGGGUGUGCACGUCGGUGGCCAUGGUGCCACACAUUGAGAUCGGCCUAGAGGAGGAGCUGUCAAUGCCGGAUGACUCAUAUGUCCUCAAGUACAUCGAGUACCUCAAGAAGUUUGGGUGUGUGGGUCCCCCGGUGUACUUUGUCCUCAAGGAUGGCUACAACUUCACUGACCUGGACAUGCAGAAUAAGAUAUGCUCGCACUUAGGCUGCAACAAAGACGCCUUGCUCAUCCAACUGAAGCUCGCCUCUCAGAUUCCCAACAGGACCUACAUUGCUGUGCCGUCAUCUGCCUGGAUCGACGACUACUUUGAGUGGUCUGUGGAGGACAAGCGCUGCUGCCACAAGGACGAGAAUGGCACCUUCUGUCCACGGGAGAUGGAGGACUACAGCAAUGACAAGGUGCUCGACAUGGAGGAGGAAGAAAAACCAGAUUACAGUGACGGGGUGGACUUUGAUGAAAUGUUUAACAACUUAUACGAUUAUGAUUAUACUUACGGGGACUUGGACCUGGAGUAUGACAUUAUAGACAACCCCAAGCACAAGCACAAGCAGCACAAACAGCACAAGCAGCCCAAGCCAGCAUACAUCGAGGACAUCUACAACUAUGACUACAGUUAUGGUGACAUGUCGGUGGAUUACAACAGUGGCAUGCCUCCCAAGGGAGAACAUGAGGUGUCCGGUGACGACGGCUGGCCUAGCAACAGCAAGGACCCCUCAGAGACAGGCAGGGCUCACAGGAAACACCACAAGGAGCCCACCACCCCGGCCUGCCAGCCCUGCAACAUCAACAUCCUGCCCAACAACCCCUUCCGCCCUGAGCCUGAGUUGUUCAACCAGUACUUGCCCAUGUUCCUGAAGGACAACCCUGAUAUGUACUGCCCCAAGGCUGGACAUGCAGCGUAUGGACAGAGUGUGAAGAUCCACUAUGAUGAGUCAGGGAACCCCAUCACCGGUGCCAGUGUAUUCAUGACAUACCACACAGUCCUGCGCAACAGUUACCAGUUCUAUGAGGCGCUGCGCUCAGCCCGGGCCAUCGCUGACAACAUCACCCGAACCCUCAACCUGGUGGAGAAGGAUGGCAAGCUAGUGCCAAGCGGGGAGACCAGAUAUGAGGUGUUCCCUUACAGUGUGUUCUACGUGUUCUUUGAGCAAUACCUCACCAUCUGGGAGGACACGGUGAGGAUGCUGGGGAUCUCCGUGGUGGCAGUGUUCUUCAUCGUGCUAUUCAUGAUGGGCUUUGACUUUGCCUCCUCCUUCAUCAUCCUGGUGAUGGUGGUACUCAUCCUCACCAACAUGGGUGGACUCAUGUACAUGUGGAACAUUUCCCUCAAUGCGAUCUCCCUUGUCAACCUCAUCGUCGCCAUUGGCAUCUCAGUGGAGUUCUGCUCCCACACCACACGUGCCUUUGCCGUGAGUGAGGCCGACACGCGCAUCAUGAGGGCACAGAAAUCCUUGGUGCGCAUGGGACCCUCGGUGCUGUCUGGCAUCACCCUCAGUGACAUGGGUGUGGUGGUGCUCGCCUUCGCUAACUCCAAGAUAUUCCAGGUGUACUACUUCAGAAUGUACUUUGGAAUGGUAGUGAUUGGGGCGCUGCACGGCCUCAUCCUGCUGCCCGUCCUGCUCAGCUUUGUUGGUCCCUCAAGGCGUGUGGUCCGCAGCAACAUGCCAGACCGAGCGGCCAACCCCAGUGGCUCCGUUAAGCUGGAGGACAUGAUUGUGGACGACCAGGAGCGGCAAUGUCUCACAGCGACACACACGGCUACCAUCAACACAGCGCCGCCCAAGUCCAGCAGCAGCAGCAGCAGCAGUGGCAGUUACCACUCCAGCACCCUGGACAACCCCAAGAAGAACACGCUGACCAACUCCGUCAAGAGCUCGCCGAGGAAAGGCAGCCGCAUGUCCCUCAACCACAACUAUGACGACAUGGAGGACCUCAACAAGAAGAGCACUCCCUCCCGACACUCGUACACUCUGUCUCGCCACUCACUGGCCAAGACGGAUGAGGAGCUAGAGAAGCUGGAGGAAUGAUGAAUCUGGUUUGUGUACAUCAGUGGCCAUUUCAUCAUUUGUGACUUUAUUUUUUUUCAUUUUUUUUUAUUUUGAAGUGGAGCAAAACAAAAAGCUAAGUCUGUGCAAAGUGAAGGAAAGUGAAGCAUUGUUUUGCUGCUGCUCCAUUCAGAACAGCAUGGAAUUAGCAAGGUUAGUCCAAGUUUCCAAGUUUUUUGAGAGACCAGUGAAGGUUGUCCAGUGAGAUGAAGAUGAGUCAUGGCAUGCUGUGGGAGUGUUUCAGUACUCUUGCUGUGCUGGAGUGUACAAUGCAGAGGAGACACUUCCUGCUCACUCUGCUGUCCGGGUGGGAUGCCGGCGGGAAAAUGUGUGUGCAAGCCGAGACACCACAAAACUAAACAGGAACUAGUCUGGCAAGGCUAAGAGAGGCUGGUCCAGUGAAGCAUAUCAGUGAACUCUGUCUCAUGUGCAGAUGUGAGUCACUUCAGCCUCUUUCAGGGUAUGUGUCCGUGUGUGUGUGUGUGUGUGUCGGUGUGUGUGCGUGGCAGCAAGAGGUCUGCACCAUGCCACGGGGGAUGCUGUUCUUCCUGAGGUGGACACAGAUGUGGUUUGUUUGGAAAGUGUUAUUGUGGAACAUUCCAGUCAGGUGGUCCUGCCAAGAUGUGACACACUUGGUAUAGAAUUGCUAAUUUAUUUGUAUUGCAAUAAGUUUUGAAAAUAGUUUUGCUCAAGAUAACUUAACCAUUGCUAAUUAUCCUCUGUGUUCCUAUUAUGUGUUAUUUCCAGUCAAGUGAUUUAGUAUUUAUUUGUACUUGUAUGUUUGUUUUUCCUGUACUUGUGAACCAUGACACGCCGUAUUAUUCUGCGCCAAGAAUGGAUGACCCGGUGCGUCUGUGUUGAUGAUUGAUUCUCUGUCCUGCAUUGGAAUGGCUAUGUCUGUCAUUGUAUGUACUGUGAUAACUGCAGUUAAUUGAAAAAUUGAAUUGACAUUUUAACACUAACAGUUUUGACAUGUUAGACAGUCCUCAGUCCCCUCAGAGGUCUGGAGUGUUCUUUCAGUGCCCCUCAACAUCCAUGAGGGUCACAUCGGUGCCUGGGGAAUGCUGGGCAGUGGCUGCAAUGCUGUGAGAGGCAUGGCAGUGCCCAGAUAUGUCCCAGCUGUGACACUGGACCAGGCUGCUGGCCACUUCAGCCACAUGAGUCCAAUUCACAUCACCUGGACAACACAAACAAGAUCAGAGCAGUGUUGUGGUGAUGUGUGGAAGCCACUCAGUAUGUGUUGACAUCGUUGCCACAAUGACGGCUGGUUUCUUGCCUCAGGAAUGUGGAUGUUUCAAGUUUGUUGGCAAGAAAAUUGAAUAUCUACACACCAUGCCGGGAUCUUAGGUGAUUCUCAGUAAUUGUGUCCUUUUGGCUGUCUCAUGAAAGACGCAAGUAAUUUAAAACUGUAGAGUGGUAAGAUCUUAAGCACAUGAGUGUCUACCAGCAUUAUGUGCAGACUGUUGUCACUCAGACUGUCAUGUCUCACCAUGGAUGAAGACAAGAGAAGCAGCAUGUUUAUCUAAAGUCCACAUUUGUCACAGUUCUGUACAUAUUUGGGUUAAGAUUGUUGAUAGUUCAUAUAACCUUGUCAAAGAUCAGGACAUCAUCCCUCCUUCCAAACAUGAGUCCAAAGUGUGUGUACCAGAAGGAAUGCACAAGCAAGUGGCUGCUAUGAUAAAAGACAUGCCAAGAUCCCAAAGCUGUGACAGACAGAGCGACAGAGAGCAAUACGUACACAACACAACACAACACAGCGUACUGAGCGUCAUCAUGUCCACACCAACCAAGUCCUGCACCACACUACCUAGUCUGACAACCGGCAAUAGGCAGAACAUAUAUGUAGGUUUUCCAAGGCUGACUACACCACUAACUAUAUAGCAUUAACAUGUCAUUGCAUACCAUCCAUCAUCUUCAUGCCAAUCACGUGCCCAGGGAACAGGCCCUGCUGGAGCCCUUGUCCCUUGCAGGUCUCAUUCUAAGGAGGAAGCCACCAGAGACAACCUGCCCACAGUCAUCACCUCCAUCUCUCCAUUCUCUAGCCAUGUAUUGCUUGGUGCUGGCUGGCUGGUGUCUCUCUCUGGUGUGCUGCCUCCUCCAGUGCCUCAGAAUUUAGUGUAGGAAUGGAUAAAUGCUGUAACUUUUUUUAUUCUUUUUUUCCUGAUGCACCUGAUGUUGACAGUGUUGUGGUUUUCUUCCUCAGAAGGUGUGUAGGGUGAAACAUUGAGCUUGUGUGUGUGUGUGUGUGUGUGUGUGUUUGUAGGGUCAGGGAAUAAGGAAGCUUCACCCCCUUCAGUGACUGCUUGGAGGCAGCCAGUCAUACAUACAGUAUCUUGAAUGUCUUGAGGAAAUCACAAUGCUUGAGUUUUGGUGCAGCGAUCGUUGUUAUAGCAGCAACAUAUCAGACCUUCCAAGUGUUGAACAUAAUGUAAGAAGUCUGAUGUUUUUGUAGCUUUGUAUCAUUGUGAAGGUUGCCAGGCACACAAUAGGGAGCUUGGGAGCCCUGUUGUAGUGAGGAUGUACCAGUGGUGGAGUCCAGUGCUGUUCAGGGAGGUGACAGAUGCCUCUUGUCAGAAGGAUUUAAAGUUCAAUCUCACUCUCAAUGAGAUCAAAGCAUCCUGAGUUGCAAGUGAUGGUAUUUCACUGGCAUUUGUAAGCAUUCACAUAAUCAAAAAUUUCAAUUACAACUGAAGAUGAGGAGGAGGAGGAGAUGCAAAGUGUGCAUAGACAGAUUCAUUCUCAAGUUUGAAGACUGACUUAAAGAUGCGACAAUUUGGCUUGACACUUUAGCCAAGUGUCACAGUGUUAACGACUGAAUGCUGCUGUUUUCAAUGCUGUGUCGUUGCAGUAGAUCCAAGACCACUACUGAAAAGGUUAUGUCUUCUUGUUGCCUCAGAAUAGUAAGCAGGUUUGCAAUCCUCUUCCUGCAAUAUUAAGUACAAAAAAUUAAUUCAAGUAGUCUUGUUCAGAUUUUCAUUUCAUACUAAUCACUCUUCCUCAACUGGAGGCCGAGAACUGACAGCUUGAUUGGCAAACUGAGAGACCGUGAGUGCACCGUGACCAGGUGUGCACUUUAUGUAGUGGUCAGAAGACAGUGACAGGAGGUGAUGAGUGCGUCAUUGUUGGUUGUGCAGGUGGCACAGUCUUGCAAGGCGUUGUGGAGAACAGAGGCAUCAUGUUGAACGUCAUUGGAGGAACAUGCACACCUGACCCGUAUUAUCAUAUGUCUGUCUGUCAUGCUUGUGUCCAGUGGUCUGACUUUUAAUAUCUAUAACAUAUAUUACUAUUGAACUUUGUAAUUGAUGUGCUUGAAAUUAGAAGGGAGAGAAGAGGGCCUGGAAGCCAGCGCCAGUGCCCUGCCUCCUCCAAGGUCUAGAGUGUGAGGCCGUUACCUUGAAAGUAAUGAAGGAAUUCGUGGGGUUCUGACAACACAAAGCUUGAGUUGUACCUCCUCCUAACACAAAUGUGAAAAAAAAGCCUUCUAGAUUAACUUAUAAGCCAUUGUGAGAGAAAACAGGUGCAAGAUUAGAAAAUUUUCCAGUGUAAAGUAAUUGAUGGAUCUAAAGACUGUAAUGGCAAGUAAGGGUAACUGUAACCAGUGUGGGAAGGGCUUGGUAGUUCAGUGCAAAGAACAUCAUGGAAGAAAAUGGAGAGGUAGGAUUAUAAAAUGUGCUGCUUGAAUUGGAGUAAAUGAAUCAUUGACUAAAGAAUGCAUGUUGAGAGAUGCAUUUGUGUAACAGUGAAGUGUUGGUGUGAGUGAGAAUGAUGGUGUACAUGAGGGCAAAAGAACAGAGAGAGAGAGAGAGAGAGAGAGAGAGAGAGAGAGAGAGAGAGAGAGAGAGCUGUGUUUACUCUUCCUAGAGGAUUCUUAGGGAUGGAGUUUAAAGUUAAGGGGGCUUGACACAAGAUACCCCAGCAAUGGUAUGAUGUUAUGGAGUGUUCAGUGUUUGUAUCUGUGUUGCUACUGUAUGUGAAUUGACCUGACGCUGUAGACCUUGUCCUUCUCCACCUGCCACACGCUUAUCACUCGCUACCACAGCCUCACCCCAGCUGGUCUUGGUGAGUCAGGAGUGUAGGUAGUGUACUGUAGAUCCACUUCUCAUUAAGGAGUAAUAAUAAUAAUGCUGAUAAACUAUGAUGAUAAUAAUAAUAAUGAUAAACUAUAUUUUCUCAAGCCAUUGCACUAUUUUUGGGAAAGCUGCAUAACUUGGCACUGCAAUGGUUAUUUGAGGCAUACAAGAGGAGAGUGGUGAGCCAAGUUGACGUCCAGUCCCCUGCCUGUUUCAUGUUAGCUACGGUGUUAGGGUUACUACUCCAUGCGCUGCUUUCUUUCCCCACAUUGUUAGAGAGAAAAUAUACAGUCAGCCGAGAGGAAAAAUGAGGCUUAUAAAAAGGGAGGAAUGUACAUCAUGUGUAGACUAUUAUUGUAGUGUGAUGUGUCUCCCUUUAGGUGCUUGGUGGCUGACUCGGACCCUCUCCUGUGUCGAGGGUCCAGCCAGACGCAACACUGAGCUGAGGUGGGAAGUGUAGCGACUCCUUAUUGCUUCACACUUCCUGGGUGAGUCAUUCAUUGCAGGUGUUUUGUACAUGCUUAAUUGGACUACCCAUCACUUGUGUCAUUACCGUGUCAUAGAGCAAACACACACACACACACACACACACACACACACACACACACACACACACACACACACACACACACACACACACACACACACACACCUAUUCACUCAUUCACUCCAAUCUGAAAAAGAGAAAAUUGUAUGAAUCUUUAUUUCUGCACAGGAAAACAAAAGAAGACACUACUGUAUUAAGUUUUUGACCCACAUUGUCAACAAAAAAAUCUCAUAAAAACACAAAAAAAACAAUGAUAUAUAUUAAAAAAGAAAACAUUAUUUGUAUAUGAUUUAUGGAAAGAGUUUUGUAUGUGGAUGCAGGUUAGAUUUAGGUUUGUAGCAACAUUCUAAAACAAAAAAAACAGAACUCACACUGCUGAUACUGUUUAACUAAAGUGUUUUAUAAUGAUGGAGCAACAACAUGCAUUGUGCUGUUAAUUAUAAUGUAAAUAAAUCUUGUUUUCUGUACA